AUGAAUUGUCAUCAAAUAUUAAGUGGUGCUUGCAAUGCAGGUGAUCGGUGCUACGCUGUAGGCUCUGUCGAAGGGAUUUCUUUUACCGUAAGUCAGUGUACCGUGUUACCUGCAUACGCAGCAGGUUGUAACAUAGUGAUUCUUGCCAGUAAUUUUGAACGAGUUCAAAUAAUACCAGGAGCUGUGCACAACUACAUAAGAAUCAGUUGCUUGGACUGUAGCACAGACACGGGGAAAAUAGCUGCAGCCUAUGAAAAUCAAGUUUGCAUUUUCGAACCUACUCCGCUCAUUCACAGUACAUGUUCUCACCAAUUAGAAUAUCGAUGGGUUCAAACUGGUAGUCUAACGACUGAAUCGAAUAUUAGCUCCCUAUCGUGGAAUUUGGAAGGAACAAGAUUAUUAACUGGCGGAGAGCUUUUACAAUUGUGGCAUCAAAAUAUAACCCCGUUUCAGGAAGAACACACUGGUACAGUCACCUUUUCAAUCGGAGGAGAUGCUGAAAGUCCUGCGCCUGGUGAUUCGAGUAGUGGAAACGAACCAGGAGCAUGGAACUGUGUUUGGAAAUGUCGUACAGCUACACCAGUGCAUCUCAUGAGUUUCAGUCCAGAUGGCACAUUGUUCGCGACGACGGGAUUUAACGACAGAUUAGUGAAGAUAUGGUUUGAGAAUAAACAGUUGUUUUCAACGCGAAACAUGGAUCACGUAAAUGUUACCCAAUCUAUGGGUAGUGACAGUUAUAGUUUCGUUUACGUUGCUCAUCCUCGUGCGGUGACGCAUUUAUCUUGGCGCAAGACUAGUAAAUACAUGCCAAAAGGAUCUGUUUCCAACAUGCUAGUUACAUCCUGUAGAGACAACAUCUGUCGAGUAUGGGCAGAAACUAUACCUCCUGAAGUUGAAGGUUUGGCAAAUAUGAGCCAAUUUGAAGGGUCCGACCGACACGGCCAUCAUGGGAAACAUCGACAUCACAGCAUGCAUAAACAUCGAUUCAUGCAGCGGCUCAAACACAUGAAAACCUGUUUCCACAUUCGUCGACAUGCGAAACAGCAGCAUCAGGCAGGCCAUACCACUGCACCAACUUUACCAACUUUGCCUUCGACGUAUUCGGUUCACGAUUUUCACAAUAAUUACCAGGGAACAGGCCAUUAUCCAGGAAUGCAUUUUCACUUGGCAGCCAGCAUCAAUGCCGAAACUGAUAUACCGUUAGUACCGAGUUUAAUCACGGGAGAUCCUGAAAGAGAACCAAAUUUUAUUCUACAUUGGUUAAAUAACAAAGAGAUGCACUUUACGAUGCAAGCGGAAAGUAUUUUACAAGAGCUUACUCGCAAAGUCGUGGAGAAGGAAGAAGGAUUGCAUCAACAAGACGUGGAUCAUACAGAUCAUGAUACGGAUCACGAAGAGGAAGGUUUAUCCAAGAAGGGAGUAAAAUUACAAGCAGUACAAAAGUCGGGAGGCACGGUUCGGUCGACGAGCCAAGAAGAUCACAGCAGUGACGAACAUCAUACGACACACACAAUUUCAUCGCAUCAUAGCCUGCCACACAGCGCACAUUCUCACCAAAGUCUCAGUAAUACCACGUCCAUUAAUUCUAUUGCGACAGAUGUAACGUCUUCGAUAAAUCACGCACCGGACUCGUUAGAUACCAAGAUAGAAACGUUAUUGCGUGAUUGGCAUCACAAUCCAGAUUUACUUUUUUCAAUUCAUCCAAUAGACGGGAGUUUCUUAAUUUGGCACAUCGAAUGGUUGGACGAAUAUCAUCCAGGAUCAUUUCGACAAGCACAAAUAUCAUUUUCCACCAGAAUACCCAACGCAUUUCCUUUGGGCGAUGCUUCUACAAUGAGUCACAGUGUAUCGAUGUAUUCGCACAAUACAGGUGGUCCAUUGUUGAAUAUACGAGAAGUGGCAAAAUCAUCCACAAAGCCAUCCAAUGAAGCUAGUGAUGUUGCAACACCGUUGCCGAGUUUGAUCGAACAGGAUGAAGAACAGUCGACAUUGACGUCGAAAACAGGGCAGGAACUGUUGAAGAAUAUUGAAAGUUCGACGGAUCAAAAUGCCUCUAAAGAGAAAGACGGUCAGUUGUUGGCGGAAGGUGGAAAAACGAAUCAAGAAACGGUGGAUUUGCUGGCCCAUCCGAGUCCAAUCGUUUCGAUGGUGUCGAAACAUUCGAACGGCACGUUAAAUUUAUGGCAGUUGACGUUUGCUGACAAGACAAAAUUCUCGCAAGGAUUUUGCAGCGAAUUGAUACUUUGGCGGGUGGACACGGUCGGGCCUUUGUCGAAGAGCGGCGGAGUAUCCGAACUAGCGCGUAUUAAUUCCCCUGAAAUUUCAGCGUUCAGUAACGUAGCUUGGAUUCCAACGUUGUUACCAAGCACCACCUUGGGUAAUUUGUCGAAUUCACCGAGCGCGUGUUUCGUCGCCAGCGAUGGCGAAUGUUUGAGGGUGUAUCAAGCGGUUAUCGACGCUAGAACACUGCUGGCGGAGGUAUCGAUUAGCGAAAGACGGAGUAGAAUGAUGGUCAUUGCGUUACGAAUCGAAUCUCUGUCGUUCUGUUGUCCAUUCAGGAUUCCAUGGCAAGCCUCUCGACAGACAUGUCGUCGGACGACAGUAUGAGACAUUCGAUUCACGAUAGAAUAAAAAUCGUAUCGCAACAGUCUACAGCUAGGCCAGGUUGCGUCAUACAGUUGGAUGCCAUUUCUGACGCUACGCAUGACUGGCAAAAUACGCAAUUCUUGCACGUAUUCCAAGAGCAAUUGAUUACGGGGGAUCGAAACGAUGACAAACAAACUGGCGUAGAUACGUCGAUAAAUGACUUGGGGCUGAUGGAGUCUACGUUGGACGCUAUGGUGGAUCUGCAACAAUCUGCCAUCUUCGAGGAACCGUUCUACAUAGUUGUGUUGGAAAGAACGCAACAAGGUACAACGGUACACAUGUGGCGUUUGGUGAUUGCCUCUCAACCCGAAACUACC